GACCAUUCUUCCUGUUUUCUCUAAUGGUGAGCACCUUUCUGGAUCGGCUCUAAGCCCCCGGAAACACCAACUUGAACUGAGACCAGGUGUCAGAUCAGUUCUUUAUCCCCAGAAGACUGUGGUCUGACUGGACAUGGCCCAGCGCCAUCUGUGGAUCUGGUUCCUUUGCCUGCAAACCUGGUCUGAAGCAGCAGGAAGAGAUGCAGACUCGAUGGUGGUGAAUGGGAUUCUUGGGGAGUCAGUUACUUUCCCCUUAAAUAUUCAAGAACCACAGAAAAUUUCUGACAUUGUCUGGAUUUCUCGAUCAUCUAUUGCUUUUGUAAAACCAGGAGUCAACAGAACUGAAGUUAUUGUAACCCAGGUCAUUUAUAAAGGACGAAUAGAAGUCACAGGUCAGAACUAUGACCUGGUCAUUAGAGACCUGAGGAUGGAAGAUGCAGGAACUUACAAAGCAGACAUCAAUGAAAAGAACCAUGAUAAAACCAUCACCAAGAUCUACCACCUUCAUAUCUACCGUCGGCUUACAAAACCAAAAAUUACACAGAGUUUGAUGCCAUCUUUGAACAAUACCUGUACUGUCACACUGACAUGCUCUGUGGAGAAAGAAGAAAAGAAUGUGACAUACAGUUGGAGUCCCUCUGGAGAGAACAGCAAGGUCCUUCAAAUCGUCCACUCCCCCAUGGACCAAAAACUGACUUACACGUGUACAGCCAGGAACCCUGUCAGCAGAUAUUCCAACUCUGUCACCAUCCAGCAGCCAUGUACAGACACUCCAAACUUCCAUCCUCACCAUGCUGUGUUGCUAGGGAAACUGGCCGUGCUCUUUCUGCUUAUUCUCAUUCUGGUGUUGGCACUUCUGUUCCAUUUGUACAAGCGAAGGCGUGAAAGGAUUGUUCUGGAAGGGUAAGAAAUACCUUGUGGCUCCCAAAUGAGGUUUCUGAGCAGAAGCGAAGGACUCAUGAAAAGAAAUGGCCUUUGUACCUCAAUGUCCCCAAGUACAGGAGAAAUCUAAGACAUUACUCUGUGCCAUCUUCCUGACUUUCCUUGUACUGGAAUUCCCUAGCUGCACCUUUUGGCUAACAUGUCUUCAUAUUUCCUUCCCUUAGACAGGGAAAACCAACAUGAAGGACAAAAGACUGCCCAAGACAUUGGGUAAUGAAAUUGUUGUCUUGGUGAGCAGGUAGUGUUCUCCCUCUGGGAAUUGAGUUAC